GCUUCACCCCCGUGUACACGACAUACACCGUGGCCGUAGUUCAUCGACGCAUAACCUGUAAUAUAACGUAACCUAAUAUAUAUAUAUAUAUAUAUAUAUAUAUACACAUUGUUUUUCUUUAAAUUUCUUUGAAAAUUAAUACAAGAUAGAGCAUCUAACAUCAAUUUUUAGUGAAAAUGGAUAUUCGUCCAAACAACACUAUUUAUAUCAAUAAUUUAAAUGAAAAGAUUAAGAAGGAAGAGUUAAAAAAAUCAUUGUAUGCUAUUUUUUCUCAAUUUGGUCAAAUUUUGGAUAUUGUGGCUUUAAAAACAUUGAAGAUGCGUGGACAGGCAUUUGUUAUUUUCAAGGAAAUAGCAAGUGCUACAAAUGCCUUGAGAUCAAUGCAAGGCUUUCCAUUCUAUGACAAACCAAUGAGAAUACAAUAUGCUAAAACUGACAGUGAUAUAAUUGCCAAAAUGAAAGGUACGUUUGCAGAGCGUCCAAAGAAACCAAAACGAGUUAUUCCAGUAGCAGAUGAAGAAGCUAAACGUGCCAAGAAACGUGCAAAAGAGCAAGCAAAACAUUCGCAACAAAUUGGUUAUCAUGCUAGUGUCCCCCAACAUCCAGGACUUGUUAAUACUGCUGUUCCUGAACAACCACCUAAUCAGAUAUUGUUCUUAACAAAUUUACCGGACGAAACAAGUGAAAUGAUGUUAUCAAUGUUGUUUAAUCAAUUCCCAGGCUUCAAAGAAGUACGAUUAGUACCUAACAGACAUGAUAUUGCAUUUGUUGAAUUUGAAAAUGAAGUUCAAUCUGGAGCGGCAAAAGAUGCUCUUCAAGGUUUCAAAAUUACACCUUCACAUGCAAUGAAAAUAUCAUUUGCAAAGAAAUAGGUUUUGUAUUGUGCAAACUAUAAAAGAAUCGAAAUGAGAUGUAAGUUAAACUGCGUUUAUAUAAAAAUAAAUGUAGUUUUUUUGUACUGACUUUGAUUAUCUUACUCAACUUUGCGCAAUUUAAAGUAUUUCACAUUCAGCGUUAUUCGUAUGUCAUUUCAAUGUGAUUUACUAUGUUACAGUAUAUAUAUUGUGUGCGAUAAGUAAUAUAAUAAAAUAAUAGAACUGAUAAAA